AUGGGUUAUCGAGCUCAGGCCAUACUGUGCUGCAUCCUAGCUCUCCCUGUUGUUGCAUCCAUUGCCAACGCCCAACUCGUUGGAAACGGCAGCCUGCGCGAUGAGUACGACUACAUCAUCGUCGGCGGUGGCCCGGGCGGGAUGACACUCGCCAAUAGACUCUCGGAGAACAGCUCCGUCACUGUCCUCCUCAUCGAGGCGGGACCACUUCACAACUAUGAGAAAGCUAUCAUGAUUCCGCGGUGGCAGCCUCUGAGCGCACUGGAGCUGCAGUACCAAUGGGAGCUGCUGACGGUGCCCCAGACGGAACUUCUAUACCGCCCGGUCCCCUUGGAACAGGGCCGCCUUCUUGGGGGCGGAAGCUCAAUCAAUAUCAUGCUGAUGAACCUCGGUGCUCCGGCCGAGUUUGAGGCAUGGGCUGAUUUUGGAAAUCCUGGGUGGGACUGGGACGGCAUCUCGCCAUACUAUCGCAAGGCCGAAAAAUACACACCUCCGAGUGCUGAACAGCUCACUGAGUUUAACAUCACGUACGACGAGGUGUGUCACGGCUUUGACGGCCAGGUGUCGAGUGGCUACAGUGCGUGGCACUACCCACAGAACAGCCUUUGGCAGGAGGGCCUAGACACGUUGGGAAUCAAACGAGCACAUGACCCGCUCUGCGACCCAUUGGGUUCUUUCUUUAGCCCCCACGCCCUCGACCACUCCAACCAGUCCCGCGUAGACGCCAGGAUCGCCUACUUUGAUCCCAUAUUUGGCAAAGGCGGGACACCGAGGGCCAACAUUGACGUGAUUGUUAAUAAUAUGGUGACGAAGCUCAUCAUGACCAAUGGCACGGCCGACGGCACCAUUGCCAUCACUGGUGUCGAGGCGAGUUUCGCCGCAUCCGCUCAUUCUGCGCGCACCACGGUCAAUGUGACGAAAGAGGCAAUUGUGUCGGGAGGCGCCAUUCAGACACCCAAGCUGCUACAGUUGAGCGGCAUCGGUGAUGCAACGGUGCUCAAGAGUCUCGGUAUUGACGUUGUCGUCGACUUGCCGGGAGUGGGUGCCAAUCUCCAGGACCAUCCUGGAGCAUUCAAUGUUGGCGCGGUUGGGCAUGGCAUACCAAAUGAGCCCGAGGAGUGGCUCAACCCAGUCCUCGACAGCGAACAAGGCGAUCUUUACUACAGCAACCGAACAGGUCGCUGGACCGAAGCAGGGGACUGUCUGGCGUUCCUACCUUACAACAACGUCUCCUCCAGCGAGGAAGUCGCUGCGCAGGUACUAGCCAGCAUGGACACGGCUACGUCGCUCACCUACCUUCCCUCCGACACGCACCCCAAGGUGGCCGCCGGAUACGCCGCGCAAGUGGACGCAAUCCGUGGCAUGACCAUCAACGGCACCACGGCAGGCGAGGAACUGAUCUGGUUCGGCGGCGGGUUUGAGGUCGUCAACGUGCUCAUGUCUCCUUUGUCACGGGGUACUGUGCGGCCCAUCACGAAGGACCCUUUCGUGAACCCGGCCGUGGACCCUCGCUACGCCACUCACCCAGCCGACAUGGACCGGCUAGUGGAUGCGCAGAUCUUCUACCGCAAGCUAAUCGCCACGCCGCAGAUGCAGCAGAUCGGUUUAGUAGACGUUACUCCAGGUCCACUGGUGCAGGGAAGGGCCGCGCUGGAAUUAUAUGUUCGAGCCGUGCUGACGACGGCGUGGCAUCCGGUAGGCACGUCGGCCAUGUUACCACGGGCCAUGGGCGGUGUGGUGGAUCCAAGUCUGAAGGUGUAUGGUGUGGAGAAUCUACGCGUCGUGGAUGCGUCCAUCAUGCCCAUCUUGGUUUCCGCUCACACAAUGGGAACAACGUAUGCCAUUGCUGAAAAGGCUGCUGAUAUCAUUAAGGCUACGUGGGUAUAG